UACGCACCAACAAAUUUGUAGUUAUUCAUAAAUAUAAUUACCCAUUGAAAUUCUAAAAGUUAAUUUGUUUACACAAUUAAAAUGUCGUGUUCAGCAAACUUAAUACUUGCCUUUGGAUUAUUUAUCUUCUAUGGAGCUUUGGUGCAUUGCCAUCUCAAUGUUUAUCUUAACCUGCAUGAGGUGAUGCGAUUAAUAGGUGUCUCGGCUGAACUGUACUAUGUGCGCGAUGGCCAGGUCAACGAUUAUGCACUCAACUUUGCCGUUCCUGUGCCAGCUAACGUCAAUGAAAUCUCAUUCACGUGGCAAAGUCUAGCCCAUCAUCCACUUCCCUACAGUGUCAACAUUAUCACAUCCGAGCCGUUUGUGUUGCCACGGCCAAUGUUGAAUAUUUCCCGUAUUGGCGAAAUUCCGCUGGAGCCGCAGACUUUCGCUGUCAGUUUGAAAUGCUCAGGGACGCGUGACGCCGAAGUGGAAGUUACCAUCGCCAUUGAAAUAAUACUGGACCGAAAGACGAACAAUAUAACAGAUUUGAUGUUCAGACGCAAAAAAAUUUGCCUUGCUGGCCCACAGGAUGAUAGCCUUCAUGGGGGUAGUGGCAACAGUGGCAGUGGUGUUGGUAAUAUGAAUAAGCAUAUUAAUCGCCCGAUUGAGGGUAUUUUGGAAGAUGUUGCAGGUGGUGGUGUUGCGCACGAUUCUGAGAUGGUUUAUGUGGGGAAAACUGCUCAUAAUGAACAUGCGACCAGCGAUGACGAACAACACACAUUGGAUGAAAACUUAUUAAGUGGAAGGGGGCAGAGCGGACCAGCAACUAUUUUGCAUGACUUUGAUCCCAUGUUAAAGGAGACACUCGCGCCUCCCACCAGUGGCGUCACAUCGCUAAUUAUUGGUUGUAUAUUAGCUCUGCUGCUGGUAGUGACAUUAAUUGUUGUAGCCUAUUGCGCUAAGGGCCCGACGAAACGCCAAAAUCAUGGUGUACAUCUCAUAAAGACUUCAAGCUUUCAACGUUUGCCAACUAUAUCGUCAACUGCACACAAUUCAAUCUACGUAUGUCCUUCGGUGAUCACUCCCACUUACGCAACACUUACACGACCUUUCCGCGAGUAUGAACACGAGCCAGAGGAGUUCAAUCGACGUCUCAACGAGUUGACUGUGCAAAAAUGUCGUGUACGACUAUCCAGUUUGGUGCAAGAGGGUACAUAUGGUCGUAUCUAUAAGGGCACUUACAAUGAUUCUCAGGAGGUAAUGGUGAAAACUGUCGCUCAACACGCUAACCAAAUGCAAGUAUCGCUCUUACUGCAAGAGGGUAUGAUGCUAUACGACGCGGCACAUCCAAAUGUGCUCUCUGUUUUGGGUGUAACUAUAGAGGAUUUCACCACACCAUUUGUGCUUUACCCAGCAGGCAGCAAUACGCGCAACCUUAAGUUGUUCCUGCAGGAACCGGCUUAUGCGCGAAGUGUCACCACCAUACAGACCGUUUUGAUGUCCUCACAGUUGGCCAUGGCCAUGGAACACCUGCAUAAUCACGGUGUAAUACAUAAAGAUGUUGCGGCUAGGAACUGCGUCAUUGAUGAUCAAUUACGCGUCAAGUUAACCGACAGCUCAUUGAGUCGCGAUCUCUUCCCAGGCGAUUAUAACUGUUUGGGCGAUGGUGAAAAUCGACCCAUUAAAUGGAUGUCACUGGAAGCCAUACAAAAGAAACACUACAACGAGGGCAGUGAUGUGUGGUCCUUCGGCGUACUCAUGUGGGAGAUGUGCACGCUGGGCAAGCUGCCUUACGCCGAGAUCGAUCCCUACGAAAUGGAGCACUACUUAAAAGAUGGCUACCGAUUGGCACAGCCAUACAAUUGUCCCGAUGAAUUAUUCACCAUAAUGGCCUACUGUUGGGCACUACUGCCGACGGAACGUCCGUCGUUUUGCCAAUUGCAAAUUUGCCUUUCAGAAUUCCACACACAAAUCACCAGAUACGUUUAAUCCCGACGCUCCGAAGGGAAUUGGUUGCUUGGUUUAUUGGAUUGUGGAUUGUACAUACAUACACAUACGUAAUAAGCAUUUACAUACAUAAAUAAGUAAGCGAGUUCGCCUUUAAAUGAACUCAUUAGACUCAAAAACCCAAAGACAGAUAAUUUUUAGUGAAAAAAUGUUGGAUAGAUUCUUAUAUAUAUGUACAUAUGUACAUAUAUACUUAAG